CCGUCUUGGAUGAACUCGGGACGGAGCCGAAGUACACAAGGGUUUUACUUUUCUGCCUUUGUUAUCUUCCCACAGUGCAUAGAGAUCAAGCUUCACUGAAACCCUUCUACUUCCAAUCCCAAAGUCUGCUAGGCCGGGGGAAAGAACAAUGCCGUCGGAGGAUUCGAAGCCAGUGAAGCAGGAAUCGGAGGACGACGAGAGGAGUCUGAGCUCCAUGGUCCUUGCUCGGCGGAAGAAUCCGACGAAUGCAGGUACGGUAACCCCCAAACCUCGUCCCAAGCCGGCGAAAGUGAAAAAGGAGUCAUCCGAGGACGAGGACGACAGCGAUGAAGAUUUCGACGGAGCUGUUAAGCCGAAGAAGGGUUCUUCUCAGGUUCGGUCGAAGGCAGCCGCCAAAUUGAAGAAGGAAGAGGAAGACGACGAGAAACCCAUCGCGAGACGGAGUUCCGCCUCGAAACCUGCUAAGAAACUGAAGGAAUCGAGCGUGAAGAAGCAGAAGAAGACUGAAGUAGUGAAGGGUAAAGGAAGCGCGGGGACUCAGCAAAAUGGGACGAAGAAGGAGAAGAAGGUUUAUAGUUUGCCUGGCCAGAAGCGAGAUCCUCCCGAGGAGAGAGACCCACUGAGGAUUUUCUAUGAAACUCUGUAUAAGCAGAUUCCCAACAGUGAAAUGGCACAAGUCUGGAUGAUGGAAUCGGGAUUGCUUCCUAAAGACAAGGCACAAAAGGUGUUGGAUAUGAAGCUCAAGAAGAAGAACCAGAAGUUUGCAUCUCCAAUGAAAAAAGGCACUCCCACCACCACCACCACCACCACCACCACAAAGAAAUCCAACGGUGCAACUGAUACAAAGAAGAAGCCAUCUCCAUCUCCAGUAUCUACAUCUGCCAAAGGCAAGACUGCUCCUUCCAAGGUUACCGCAAAAGAGUCUAAUAAGAAGCGCAAGGCUAGUAGCGACAGCGAUAAUGACUCUGACGAUGACUUUGUGGUGAAUGUCAUGUCGAAGAGACAGCGGGCAUCAUGAUGAUCCUAUUACUUUGUUAUGUUUCUGCUAUCUUCAUUACGGAAAGCAAAGCAGCAUUUGGUCUGUAUAAGUGUACUAUAACCUAAAACUUCCCCAGAGAUCUCGUGUUGAACUGACUGACAUUAUUUCACAGUUUCCUUUCCUGUUCCUGCUGUCUCAUAGUCUCUCAUUAGGCCUUGGCUCAUGU